AUGGGUGAUAAACAAACAUCUGUGCCCUAUUGGCUUGGACAAAAAGGCUAUGAAAACCGAACGGAGAGAUGGCUCGCUGAGAACGAAAAUGUCAAAGCCGUCGAUCUGGACCAGAACCAUGUCAACGAUGGAGGAAAUUCAACCAAUGAAGCGCAAAAGGAGGAACCACUUACUGCUGCUGCUGCUGGGACAAUCAACAACUACGAAGUGAUGUUCCCAAUGAGUUAUGAGUCCGAGGAUGAAGAAAAAGGCGCAGGCUACCAAGCUGCGAGGGAACCCUGCUUUUUUUCAUUUGAGGAGAUUCAUGAACGGGCCAGACACCAGUAUGACCACGAUAACCAGAUUGAUCCAGUUGCAGCAUUAUAUUUCUCUACUAGAACAAAGGUCGAGAAAUAUAACCGAGAAAAAGUCGCUCUCGGAUAUAAAUACCCCUCGGAUAUAUUUUACCAGUACUACGUCGAGAACUAUGCCGAUGACGACGAGAAACUUGACAAGGCUGGAUUGAGACAAGUAGUACGAGAGAUGCGAGGGAAACAAAUCCAAAAGAAGUUGGUAGAAUGCGAGCUUGUUCUUACACGCGAAGCCCUUUGUGGCGCUUUGCAGCUGUUUUAUGACGAUCGUAAGGGUGAUCUGUACGAUGGGAUUAUGUUGGCAGCUCUUAACAAGUUGAGAAGCUUCGGUCGUGGGAAAUUUCGAGAAAUGACAGACAAUGAUGAGCCUGUCGUUGACGGUCAUGUCUAUGGACACAAUGGCUUUGCUGACUUGGUUGCUUGGUAUAGAGUUCAUUCUUCUCAAGACAACAUGACGUGCUGAUAUUUCCACAGGGAGGCAGACUGUGUGUGCUGGAGAUAUCAUCUGAAUGAUACUGCUUUCGGAGAAGAACUGCUCGAAUUCAUUCGCACUCAGAUCGAUGGUAUUAGAGGCUUUUCUUUGGACGAAGGGCCACAGGUCCAGCCUGAUGACAAGGAUGGAGCAGCUGAAAUGGAAACUAACAGCUCUGCUGUAGAAUCCUCAGCCCUUACAAAAGAGAAGACAGACGAGGAGACAACAGACGAGGCACCUACUGACGCCACUUCAACAUCUCAGACUCAAGAAGAGGACGAUAUCGACACCAGUUUCACUGCAAACGAACAUCUUACUGGAGACACUUUCACAGGUAGGUUACUACAGCUGGAAUUUGACGAUAUGGGUUUUGAGAUUAGGGAGACCCUCGCUAACUGAAACAACAUAGGAGACUCGCCCCACACCGCCUCUUACGCAAGUAUCCAAACAGCCUUCUCUCAUGGUGAAUCUAAUAAGAAGCCCCCAAGCAAGGAAUCGGUCGCUGAGGAUGACGAGAACGCAAGUGUCGCAUCAGGUCUUGAAUCGCUCAUGGAAGACUCAGACGAAGAACUUAAUCGAGACUAUGCUGCGGAGAACAGUCUCAAGAGGUCAGAGGGUCCACAUCUUGCUUGAUAUGGUGGUUGUUACGAGAAUAUGGAGAGAUAUUUUCCUGAAUGUGGUUCUCCUAUAGCACAUAGUGAUUGCGUUCAUGAUAUUACGAAAAGGCAGAAGGCUCUGUGAGUGAUAACUCUGUCUGGCAAGGCCUUGAGAGAUUAGUCGAUGUUUUGAGAGUACAGUGAUUAGGGUAGUAUGUCACUUAGAUGGAGGUGAAUUUGACUUCUAUAGUAGUUCCAUCUUGUGGGGGCGAAACACCCAGGAUGGAAUACGUGUAUUCACUAGGGCAUUCUAUAGUAGCUUUUCCAUUAAUACAGAAGCUUCUAUCUCUUUCUGAAUUAUAUGUAGUGAAUAACACAUCAUCUGGCUUGCCAAACAAUAUCAAACACACCAAGAGCAACAUUCAAAUAGUAAAUGGGGUCACGAUAGCUGUGAAUGACCGAAACGGUAGAGAUGUGAAUGCAUAAACAAAACCGUUAUUAUUUCAACUAGCCUUUAGAAUAUAAGCACUUCUUUUCGUCAUAUGAAAGGGAUAAAGUAACCUUGGACUGACUAUGUGGCAUUUAAAGCUUUUUCAAAAUGCCAGAGCACCUAGAUCAAGCUGAUAACUGGCCACUAUCAACACACAAUGAAGAACCCCAAGUGAUACUAUCCACAGACAACGAGGGGACCCUCACCCAAGAGAUAGCCAACUCCAAUCCAAACACACAAACAUCUAUAGAUACCCAGACAGUAAACUCGAGCAAUACUGGGACUAACAGAAACCAACCUCCAGAUAAUCCAGCAAUUACUGAAAUCAGCGGCAACGAAGAUGAAAGCAAUCACGAUAUUACUAGCCACUCUCAAUUGGAUCACCAAUGGAUUCUCACACCCCCAACAAACCUCUUCCCACAAGCCCCGCCCCCGAUAUCAAUAAGCGUUACCGAGAUCACCAGUCCCCAAGGCUCAACCGAAGAUCCUUUCCUUCUCGUCCCACGCGCGGACUCGCCCACUCUAGGAUUUCAAGAACACAGUUUUCUCGACGGUACCCAAAGACCUACAAAUGCAACAGACUCUGAACCACCAUCUAUAUCUCAACGAAGAACCCGAGACCGAAGUCCAUCUUUGAAUUCAGAGACGAGAGCGGAUUCAGUGGAAUAUAUUGGAGCUCAAGGUCUAGAUCGUGUGAGUUCUGCAAAUCGAGUCUCUCGAACCCCGAGAAGGAGAGAAGAAGUCUUUGCAGAUAGAGAUGAUGACGAGGAUGGGACCAUUGAAGAACUCGUUUCUAGCCUAGAGUCUACUAUGAGGUGGUUGGCUGUGAGGGCUGAGAGACGAGCCUCUGCACAGAGGGAGAUCGCAAUGAGGAUGAAUUCGACGGUUGUUUUAAGGCCGGAGUCUGCGAGGUUGAGACGUGUUGGCAAUUCUUUGAUGGUAAAUGAGACUCAAGAUGAUGGGAUCGAGGAAGGAGAGAUUCUGGGGCGGAAUUCUGAAGAGGACAACAAUGAGACAAAAGAUGAGCCAGAAAAGGCGGAAACAGAGGAAGAAUACAACUUCACCCCCCAAAGGAGAGAACGAUUGAUGGAACUGAUGAGAAGGGAUAUAAAUCAGUACGAUGCCCGCCGAGAAGAAGAGUUUGGACAAGAACAUGGGUAUCAACUUUACCCUUUGCACACAGAAGAGCAACCGAUCCCCGAAAAUCAAACUCCAGACCCAGUUUUCAACUCACUGGGACCAUCAGAGGCAUCCACGAGAACAAUACAACGCCUCCGCAGACGUGCGUUAACAAACUCCAAUCUCCCAACACGGAGACACUCCCAUCCUUCACCUCCACUAACCACAACAAAUAGUAGUCCGCUUCCGAAUCAAUCUCGAAUUCGUGCCAGAAGACACAACAGGUCCGUCGGACCAACCCUUUUAACCUCAAGAACACACGACCACAGUCGCGACUUUUCCCUCUACCUCCACACAACCUGGAGCCGCAACCAAGAUGACGACCACGACUCCCUCCUCACCUCGCUAACCCUCCCAGAACUUUUGGAAACAGGAUUUUUUUCAUUUCUCCCUGCUCUGUCGACUGAACGACCAAGUUUUGAAGAACGUUUCGAAUUCCGUGAAUUAGUGCUUUCUCUACCCCAUGACACCUUACGACGCAUCAUGGUAAUGGCUGAGCAGGAUGGCUUCGAUUCACGAGAAGGAGCACACUUCAUUGGAAACUGGAAUCGAUAUCUGCUUCAUUUCCAUGCUCCAUAUCCGGAUAUCGAACGAAUGAUUCCCCUUUUGCACAUCCAAUUCUUCAUCGCUCUGCGUCAAGGAUGGGGACAUUGGUCUCCUAGUGAGCAUUUUCUUACCGCGGUACGGGCAUUGUUCGUGCAACAUAGCACGCGAUUCCCUCACGUUCCUUGGGAUGGUGUGUUAGCAUGGAGGGGGGACCCAAGGGGCGCUGCGAUGAGUUGGAUUAG